GUGAGGAUCCGACCCCGGCUGACCCGAUGAGCGGGGGAAGGAGCCACAGAGAGAUGUGGAGCUUUUGAGGAGCAGAAACAGCCGGGACGACCUGUGAAGCUCCGCACGUCUCGUGUGCCUGACAGAGGAGGUUUUCAUCACACCCUGAGUCCCGCAGCUCGUUGGAAAGCAGGAUCGCUUUCAUUUCCCCGCUGAUCUCACUGCUGUCCCUCCUGCGAGGUGGUGCCAUUACAGCACACUUCAGCCCAACCUGCCAACCCUGAGUGAGCUUAUCACACACCUCACAGCUCCCUGAAGUGCCCGUCAGGAGGGUUUGAAUGUGAUGGCGCAGACUGUGGGAGGCGUCAUCCAGGACCUGUCAGUGCCCUCACUGCUGGCUGUGGAGGGACUGGGGACCAGGCCUCAGCCAGUGGCCGAGUCCUUCACUGAUGAGGCAGUUUCAAUCCUGACCUCCACGAGCCACCUGGCCCGAACCCUACUGGGUCGCACCUUUUCCCUCAAACACAAAGAGAGCCUCGCCAACGCUGAAGCUAAGGCUGGUAGCAGCUGCGACGAAGACAACGGCAGCAAUACACGCCGCAAACGAGAGUUCAUCCACGAGGAGAAGAAAGAUGAAGGCUACUGGGACAAGAGGAGAAAAAACAACGAGGCAGCCAAGAGGUCCAGAGAGAAGCGGCGAGCCAAUGACAUGGUGCUGGAGCAGCGAGUCCUGGGCCUGCUGGAGGAGAACGCUCGCCUGAGGGCCGAGCUGUUGGCCCUCAAGUUUCGCUUCGGCCUCGUCAAAGACACAUCUGAUUUUUCUGUCACGCCGCUGUCUGCACCUCUCUGUGCUCACCCAACAUCCAAUACAGCGCAUUUCUACCAACCCCACACUGCUGGAUCCUCAUACCUCAACACGCAGCCCAUCGCCUGCACCCACUACAUCCACCCUCACCCUCCGCAGCAGGGUCCCAUCUAUGGACCGAGGGGAGCCGGGCCUCUGUCAAAUCACACGUCUGAGGAGUCCGGUGUCUUAACGUCAUGUAGCUCAAAUGUGGGCAGCCCUGUGUUUGGUGAUGGCACACUGAGUGAGCGUGGCGGGCCUUCCCCGAGGGAGCUGGCAGAGGAGCGGCAUGCCAACGACUCCCCCAUCUGUCAUCCGGGGGUCAACGAGAGUCACCAUGUAAACAAACAAGACUCCUCAGAGGGUUUAAGGAGCCUCCCUCAUAAGCUCCGCUUCAAAGGCCCCAGCGGUUGCAGCGAGGGAGGGGAGAUGUCUCCAUCCUCUGAUACCAAACACAGUGGACCACCUGUGGCCACAGUGGGGCCAAACAUCCAGGUGAGGAACCACCAUCAGGCGUGGUGGGACAGUCGGACAGAGAGUCAGGCUCCUUGGUGCAGGGAGGAGGCCUGUGCUGGAUCUGGGGAGCAGCAUGACGGCCCGUCUUCUAUUUAUCAUAACUCCGCUUCUCUGCAGAACUCCACGGACACCAAAUAUUUGACAGAGGACAUCAGUCUCAGGUCUCAGAUCAGCUGCUUGUCUCAGGAAGUGUCUCAGCUCAAGAGGCUCAUCUCUCAGGAGCUGCUCCCCAAGAUCGCUUAAAAAACCUGAGUGCGAGAGGAUCAAGUCCGAACCAAAGUUGAGAGACAGAGUUCACAUCUUUCCAAACCCUCCAUCUUACACACUGCUGUUUUCCACAGGACAGCAUGGCCCCAGCGUAAACAGCUACCUCUGAAGUGACAAACCCUAUUUACGCCACACUGGAAAAGCUGAGUUUCGGAGCCUGUUUGUUCGCUGACGUCCAGCACAUCACGACCAGAAAACACCAGCAUGUUGACUUUUCAAACAAUGCUUAAUGACUGCAAAAAUGAAAGUCAUUCAUGUGUGAGUCAUCACAGGUCCUUGGAUCGUGUUGAUUGCCUGAGAUCUGGAGGACGCUGUACAUUUCUGUUGUGUCAGAAACACUGGAAGAACAUGCUAGAUACAGCAUAAACGGUCCAAUCUCACCAUGUUCACUUGACUCACAUGUGGCUAUUUUCGUCUUCUGUGCCGCAACACAAAGUUUGUAGGCUCUUUAACACAAAGUGCACAUCAAUAUUACCUUAUGUUAAAUACACUGUGUGGAAAACCAGCACAAUUCCAGAAGAAGACACAUGGGUGUUUUGGUGGUGUUUACUGUAUCUGGUUUAUCUUAUGACAGCAAGGUACACAUAACUGUAUAAUUUGUCUUUGUUCAGAAUUAUAAUUGAAGUGAACAGCAUUUAAAAAUAAAAGUAUAUUUUCUAUGGCAGAAUGGUGAAUGUUUUAUGAAAAUGUUUAGAGAUUAUGCGACUGUAAUAUGUCUGUAUCUAAUAAUGACGCAACAUUAUUGGAUGAAAUGAGUGU